AUUAGCUAGACUCAAAGAUAUCUGUGUCAAACAUCUCAUGGUGUAUGUGACCCAAGGGGCAUACCCUCCAGUUCAAGGUUGCAGCAAGUAAACUUAACCUAGAUUGUAGAUGAGUCAGCACGCGCAUUCUCUCUCGUGCCUUUAUAUAAAUCUCGACGGUUUAAAGGUGGUACAUUUUGGAUCGACUGACUGAUCAAGCCGCUACCAAGAGGUAAAAGAGCCCACGAUGCAGACCCUGGCAGAAGUCGUGGACACUAAACCAAAGCAUUUCUCUAUUAGCCAUAAGGACAUUCGUGUGGGAAAGGUUGGUGACAUGGUCAUGCCUCAGUUGUCCUUGCCCCUGGAGACGGUGCUGGAAAAGGUUCGAGACUUCGAAGUGCGUCCUGAUGAUGUUCUGCUGUGUUCUUUUCCAAAAUCAGGGACUCACUGGAUCUACCGUGUGGUCGACAUGUUACUACGGGGGUCAGCAGAAUUCGGACCACGCGGCCUUGACUCUGCCUUCCUUGACCUUCAGGAUCACGGGAACAUCGAACAGCUUGACUCCCCGCGCAUCCUCGGUUCUCACCUGCCCUUCGAACUGUUGCCUCGUCAGGUGAAGGACAAGAAAACAAAGAUAGUGUACGUCUUCAGGCACCUGAAAAGUGUGCUGACCUCUGGGUAUUGCCAGGUCAAGGGCACGCAGAUGAUGGCGGGAAGCAGCAACCAGAUGACCAUGGACAUGUACGCAGACUUCUUCUUUACUCCACCCAUGGCUUACGGUGGUUGGUUCAAACAUCUGGAAGGCGUGACCACGUUUAUGAAUUCAAUCAAAGACCAUCCCGUAUUUAUCUUGUGUUAUGAGAAAGCUUUGAUGAAUCCAACGCAGACUGUCAAAGACCUGGCUCAGUUUCUCGGAAUAAUUGCUUCACAAGAACUUUCCCAGGCUAUUGCAGAUGCUUGCAGCUUCAAGAACCAAAAGGAAACAGAAGAAAAGCUUGAUCCAAGCAACAUCAUCUACAGGUUUUACAGAAAAGGAGACACGGACGACUGGAAGAACUACAUCACCGUUGCACUAAACGAGCGGUUAGACCAGAUGUUGUGCGAGCGAGCACAGAGCUGUCCCCUUGCUGCCAACUAUGUCAUGUGAUCACCACCAGGAUGUUCAGUGUUUGUUAGGUUGCCCUGUGUGGUUGAUGCUGAGAGAAGGCUCAGUCAGGCAUCACUUAAGGACCAAUCUUGAUGUUAGGAGAAAUCCAUCACUAGUCAUUUCAUCGUUAUGCGAACAACAUAGCGUACUUUCACGUAGUUGUUGAGCGGGUGAGCCACACCUGUUGAAUAAACAGGUUUAUUUAAGAUCAUGGAAGGGAAAAGAGGAAGACAAGAGGCCCAGUCUACAAGGCUGGGAAAUGGGCCAUAAGUAUUUUGGCCUGGCAGAUGCCACAGAUUGAUGAGCCUGGCAGAUGCC